CCACGAUGUGCACGGCGAGCGAGAGCACGUGUUCAAGGCUAUCCUCGAGCUUGCGCUGCAAGAGUUGGACCGGGACACGCCCAUCAACUCGACAUGUCAGUCCUUUCCGCCCGCCCUUUGCUCAACCUGUGCCCCGCGAUCUCUGUGGCCUCCUUGACGCUAUUCCCGCUCGCUCACUCGAUCCCCUCGAUAGUCAGUCCCGCCUCUGAUGCGUGCAUGUGCGACCCACAUCUGCGCCCCUCCUUCAGCCCCGCAUGCACACACGACCUCUCGGCCCUUCCUCUUGUCGAUCCCUCAUUCACUCCUCCAUCGUCUCGCCCCAUCGUCGAGGCCUCACGCUCUACCCCGCGCACGCUCGACCUCUCUUUCGUCAACUGCCCCACCCUCGACCUAGUCUGACUGGCUGGCGGCAGAGGAGGUUGAAGAGGAAACGGCGGCGGCGACGGAGAGAUGGGCUAGAAAGAGGGGUGCGUAUGGACUACGAUGACGUCCGUUCACGACGCACGCACGCUCGCUGAGCAGGAUGAGCGUUGAAGUCUCGCGCAAGCCACUUUGGCUCUCCAGGCAACCAAUGCAGGAGCAGAUGCCAGAUAUAGCGCGCUCAGAGCAUACCGGUCCCCAUGUGCGCCGCAUCCUCCAGCAUAUCUCCGCGCCUACCACCCGUCCGCGACGGGCUCAUCGGCGCACAAAAACGCCGCCCACGCGACCAGCGUCGGCGCUAACCUGCGCGCACCCGCGUUCUCCACGCUCGCGACGACCCUG